AUGGGUUUCAUAAGAAGUUACUUCUCCUUCAUCUUCGGAACCUUCUGCGGGAUUUAUAUAGCGCAGAGCUACAACGUUCCAAACGUUGAGAGAAUGGCUCAAGCUGGCUAUUCCAUGGCCAAGCAGAUGGAAGAGAGAUACCGCAAGGCAAAGACCAAGCAGCCCACACAAGACAUCCAAGACUAA